CGAGGCAGACGUGUCUGAGGGCGUGAGGGAGGGCAGGACCUAUGCGGACGCGCUUUUGGGAGGGCCCACGGAAGACCCGGCGGUGGAGAGCUGGGCUGCCGCGACGGAGGGAGAGUCGACGGAGGGUGCGAUUUUGAUCACCGACGACGUCGCGGUGGUGGUCAUACCGGUGUCUUCCGGCGGCGAGGGCGAGCAACCGUCUCCCAUGAGCGGAAGGGUGCAUCACGGGGACCCGGAUGAGUUGCCUCCGAUGAUGCACCGGACGCAGGUGUCGAUCCAACGCUUUGCGGGCCCCGACGGGGAGACGGCGGCGCAGGUGACCAUCUCGGCCGUGCCCGACUCGGUCGCGGACGUGGCUUCAGAGGCACCAGAGAAGCCGUCGGUCGGUGGCGCGGGGUAUGCCGUCUUGUCCGAAAGAGAACUCAGCGUGAGGAAGUUGCCCGACAGCAUCCUGUACGAGGUGUCGACUACCUUCGGCGUGUGGUCGACGAGGGAGAGCUGGUUGGCAAACGAAGCGGCGGAGCGGACGGUACCCGUCAAGGUGUCCCUCGCGCUGUGGGACUUGCCUCGAAUGUUCGAGAGCAUGCACGCGCAGAUGAAGGCUGAUCAUGGUGGCCCCGUCGAGGAGCGUGGGGCCGCGUAG